AUGAUGUUACCAUAGGGAAGUUCCUACUGUACAAUCUCAGAAGGGGCCACACCUACCUAACCUCAGGUCGGGCGUGGUAGAGGUGUGGUGCACACAUAGCUACAGGCAUUACAGGCAUACAGGCGUGGCGUAGUCUCUAUCUCCUCAAGAAAAGUCAGUCGACAGUUUGUAGAAUAUAGGGCGUUCAUUCGGUAGCGACCAGGAUAAUUUCGCUGAAAAAAUGACGGUUGAGCCGUUGCGUUCGGCGAUGUCUAUGGGAAAUAGCGAGGAUACAUCCCUCGCCCUGCCAUCAGAUAACAAUUUACGCACAGGACAGCAACGUGUACUGGAUCAAGUUCACACUAUAAAGAGGAGCAAGUCGAAACAACUUAAAAAUGGAUCACUCUCACCCACGAGUCCAGUGACACACAUAUCAGAAUCAGAGCCUAUAUCCUUCAGGUUCUCACCUUCAGGAACCAUAAAUGGCAGUGUCUUUGGAAGGAGCAAAUCAGUUACUGUGGGCAGCCGCAAUAGAACGGCCAUCCAGCAGAAGAGCCGCACCCUCUCUGCAAAGUCCAGGAAAUCCAGCUCCAGCCAAUGGGAGCAACACAUCCAGUCCUCCAACUGGCCCCAAUCUCCCCUGCAGACUGCAAGCAAUGGUAUCAUGCCCAGCGUCAGUGACCCGACACUGGCCCCCACCAACCUCAUGAAGCGGGCCACCGGGCAGGCCUCCACUAGGCAGGCACGGCCCAGUGCCACUGUUCACUCCAUGGUCAACGAGACGACCACCAACAAGGUGAUCACCACCAGCACCGUACAGCGCCACUCUGCUGUGCAGACGCCAUCGAGCCCAGGCAAGGUGGAGACCAAGAUAUCAGUCAUGGCCAAAACUAAAACUGAGGUGGACCCUCUCACCACUGUGCCUGACAUUACAAUGAAAGAGGCGGUGGAGUAUCUCUCAAAAGAAGAGGGGAAUUAUCAGAUAUGGGGAGCAUCCUUCAUCCAGCAUAGCACCUUUACGGAUGACAAGUCCAAGCACGAGGUCCUGCAGCUUGGAGGGAUACCUCCUCUGGUGGCUCUGCUGCGGCACUCCAACUCUCAGGUGAAGCAGACUGUGGCCGCUGCACUGAGGAACCUGGUGUUCAAGAACAGCAACAACAAGCUGGAAGUGGUCCGCUGCGAAGGCAUUGAAGAGGCUCUGACCCUACUCAAGGAGACAAACUCUGCCUUCACUCAGAAACAGCUAACAGGCCUUCUGUGGAACCUGUCAUCAGCAGACGCGCUGAAGCCCACUCUCAUCAAAUCAGCACUCCCGGUUCUGACAGAGACCAUUGUGGUGCCCUACACGUGCUGGUCAGAAACCAGCGCCAGUAACUAUGGCGACCCAGAGGUGUUCCACAGUGCCACCGGCUGCAUGCGCAACUUGAGUUGUGCCAGUAAGAGGGAGAGGCAGGCAAUACGGGACUGCAACGGACUUAUCGACGCCCUCGUCUCAUAUGUGCAGUCCUGUGUGACUAUAGACAAUGCAGAUGAAAUGUCGGUGGAGAAUUGCGUGUGCAUUCUGCACAAUUUGACAUACCAGCUAGAGACAGAGGCCCCAGAACAGUUCACUAAGUACAACGGAUUCUCUGAAACGAGAGCCGAUGCCAACAAAAAGUCAACAACUAUGGGUUGCUUCAGUCCUAAAAGCAAAAAGAUACAGAACACCUUUAACUUUCCAUGGAUGGAGGAGGAGAGUGACCCAAAAGGUCUGAGUUUGCUCCACCACUCCAAGACCAUCCAGAUGUAUCUGUCCCUGUUGGGCUCCAGUCAGAAAGAGGCUACACUGGAGGCCGCCUGUGGUGCACUGCAAAACCUCACCGCCAACAAUAGCCCUGUGUCCAGCCUCAUGAGUCAAACCAUUGUACAGAAGCUGAACGGCUUGCCGAUGGUCUCCCCUUCCCUCCAGUCCCCUAACCUCAGCCUGCAGAAGACCGCCAUGUCCCUGACUGGCAACCUCAGCAGAACCACAUCGCUACAGAGCAGUAUGGUGCGGCAUAUCCUUCCCCAGCUCGCCGUGCUCCUGUCAGCUGGCCCUAAAGAAAUGGGCAACUGUGACGACACAGUGGCGACUGCGUGCAACACCGUGCGCACACUUCUGAUGUCCGAGCCUGAUGUGGGCAAGAAGGUGGUGACCAGUACCAUGGUGGAAUCUCUCAGUGAGCUGAGUGAGAACAGGUGGAGACUUGUGUGCUUCGGAAUAGCACACACCCGUAGAAGAUUCUAUCCUCUCUAUUUUGGAAUGAUUGUGCUUAUGUUAUGUAGAGGAUCCUGUCACCUCUAAAACACGAACCACCAGAGAACUCUUUUUGUUCUGGCAAGAGACCUGCAAUUCAUUUUGGAUUUUUUUUCAUUACAUCUGCUAUAAUCCAUCCAUUGUCAUGGACACCUUCAUGUCAGCAUUGCCACUUCCUCCUACAUGGAUAUAUGGAAAGAUAGUCUGUGAACAAGAAGAAAUUACAGUAAAAAAGAAUAAACCAUAUAUUUUAUUCCGUAGAACAGUGAUGACACAAGUCUAUAAGUCUGCCAUGCUUUUUGUGUGUAUCUCAGGAGGAGUCGGGGAAAGCUGCCCUUCAGGUUCAGAUCUAGGGAUGCUAUUAGCUAUAUGUACACUUCUUGUUAUCUUCUAGGAAUACUAAUCCACCCCUUUCCUUAAAUGUAAAGAUUUCUUGUUCAUUGACUGUAUUGUUUCUUCACAGCAUCUACCUUGAUGUUACCUGGCAUUCAAGUAUCAAAACAUGUUUCAAAAAAUACAUCCAUAUGUACAGUAACACUUUCUAUGAACACAGUAUCCAUAAUGAAUACAUCCAUUAAGGGUUAUAACACACUCAUAUAGCCUGAUAAUAAUUGACAUAAGUCUAAAGACUGGCUUUAUGAUACUUCAGGUUGUAAGGGAUUAUUCUACAACGAUGCAAUGUCUUAUGAGUGCAGUCAUAACUAUUUUUGGAUCGUUAUACAGUAUAGUGGUUAUAUAUUUUGUCAAUCAUCAUGAAACGUAAAUACUUUAUAACCCUGUAUGUAUGAAUGUGUUUAUCUGCAUAAUGGUUAUUGAGUUUAUAUAAAUAUUAACAUUAAUAGAUGGUUUUCAGCAUACUGGUAUCAGCUUAUUCUGGGUUGUGGCGCUUGCACAGAAAAUAUUACAAACCUUGUCUUAGUAGCUCACUGUAUUAGUUGAUAAAUUAGCACUUAUUGUUGCAUUAUAUUCAUUCAUUCAUUACACGCAAAAUCGUAUCUAAUCUUUUUUUUUUUUGGAAAUGUUACUAUUUAUGCCAAAGAUUGAAUGUAAAACAAUGCCUUGUGCAGUAUUGUAUAAGUAUAUAUACUCUUUUGAUCCCGUGAGGGAAAUUUGGUUUCACACACUAAUCCCGGUGCAGUGAGCUGCCUGCAACAACAGCGGCGCUCGGGGAGCAGUGAGAGGUUAGGUGCUUUGCUCAAGGGCACUUCAGUCGUGGCCUACCGGUCGGGGUUCAAACCGGCAACCCUCCGGUUACAAGUCCAAAGCGCUAACCAGUAGGCCACGGCUGCCAUCAGUGAAAGCUGGGAAUCGAACCCCCUACUUUUCAGGCUACUGCAUGCUAGUCCAGCUCCUUAUCCACUACACUACCUUGGUAUGUCUCCUAUCUAAUAUUGGUAUUGUUCAAAUGUAAAACAAGCGCUAUACUUCCCAUAAGAUUAUUAAGCAUGGUUUUAAUGCAAUGGACAGAUAAAAUUGAAAGUUGAAAUGAUUUUAAUUAAUUUGUUCUCUUUGAUAAUAAAUGUUUGCAGUGCUUACUCA